AUGGGUGAACGUUCAUCAAGUUACAGAGGACCCUGGUUCUGUAGGGUAAUGAAUCGAGCAGACCAACUUAUUCUGUCCAUUCCGGAUGAUGCGGCCUCCAAACUAUGGGGUGUUGACAAAGGCCCUACUAAUGUUAUGAUACACAUUGAAGAUGGUCGUGACUUUAAUGUUUUUUUAAGCGCGUCUAAAGGGAAGUUAUUUUUUUUUCAUGGAUGGUCCAAUGUUGUUGAACACUUGGGUCUAACUCAGGGAUGUUUGGUAGUAUUUAAUCCUUUAGAUCAUGCUACGUUUAAGUUAACAACUUAUCAGAAUGGUGUUAGUCGUGGGUCUUUCUGGACAUAUAUGCUACCUCCAUCAUGCAAUUUUUAUCUCAUCCCUGAAUGUAUUUUGCCCAAGAUUUACGAUUUUUCGUCAAAUGAUGUAACCUCUACUGUGAUGAUCGACAACCAAACGUUUAACGUUUCCAUUGUAACUAAUGACGGCAAAGUCGGUUUUUCCGCUGGUAUGGAUGUAAUUAUUAGUAUGUUUCAGUUGGAGGUUGGUUGUUAUUUCUUAUUCACCAAAGGUUUUGGACAUUUUUUCUAUUUGAAAGUCUUUGGAAAAAACGGUGUUGAAAUCACAUAUCCUAACUUAGAUUUUCAUGAGAUUGAGGUUGCACCUAUAGAUGUUGAUAAUGAAGUUGAAGAACAAAUACAUGGUGGUGUUACUCGGUUUGUUCGUACGGCUGGUGAAGAUUAUUUUAGAAUUCCUGAUCACGUUUCACGCAUGGCUAAGCUUCAUGAAGGGUUAAAAGAUUUGACCAUAAAUUUUUUGCAUCUGGACCCGCCACUGCAGAUUACUAACGGUACCAGACGUGAAAGAAGAACCAAUGGUCGUGGUUAUCGAUACGCUUUAACCUCUUGGAAGAAGUUCAUGAAAGCCGCUCAAAUUAAGGUCCGUGACGAGGUUCACUUUUCUUUUGAUGAAAAUGAGCAGGUCUUGACUAUUGAGAGGGUUGUACCUUACGUUAACCGUAAAAUGGAAGAAGGUGCAAUCACAUUGUUGAAUAAUUUGGACCUCAAUGUUGAUAACUAUACCAUAAGAAUACGCAUUGUUCGUUUGUGGACAAGAGCUGAUUUCAAUAACGCUAGAAAAGUGUAUUGUUAUGAUAUGAUAGUCAUGGACAGUGAGGGAACAAAAAUGCAAGCUUUUGUCUUGGCUAAAAACGCUUCUGGAUAUCAACAUCUUUUGGAAGAAAAGCGUUGUUUGACGAUUAGAAAUCCUUCAUUGGGUGAGAAUCGUCAGAAGGUCAAGUACGCUAAAGGUGGUUUGAAGAUUAACCUUAAUAACAACACCGUUGUUGAGGAAUGCCACGAGGCUAUUGGUUCUGAAUGGGGUUUUGAUUUUACUCCGUUUGAUUCAGUUGUGGAGGAUCCAACAGUUGACAACAAGUUUUUUAAAAGUCCAAUUGAUGUAAUUGGUUUUGUGGUCAAAAGUUUUCCCUUCGAGAUAGACACGGAAACUAAUAAUGGACAAAACCAGAAGAAAGUCACCUUUAUGCUUGAAGACUUGAACAAUAAGCAGAUCUUUGUGACACUUUGGGACGGUUAUGCGGAUCAAAUAAUGGAGUAUGAGAGCAGCAAUCGAGGUGAAAAAAAUGUCGUCGUAAUCAUUCAGUUUGGGAAAUACAGAUUCUGGGGAGGGCAUUUGUCUGUUUCAAAUUUGUAUACUGUCACCCGAGUCUUAAUUAACAGUGAUAUUGAUGAGGUUGCUGAGUUUAAACAAAGAUUUAUCGAGAAACUUUCUCCCGAAAUGUCUUCCAGUUAUUCUGGCCUAAGUUCUUCUGUUGUGAAGUCUGCCACUGAAGAGUUCCUUUCUGACCUCACUUUUUUUCCCAUUGGGUCGUUAAGCUCAAUAGAUACGACGAGGUUUGUUGUCAUUGUUGGCACUAUCAAGAGUUUUGCAUCGAACAAUGAGUGGUUUUACAACGCGUGCACAAACUGCAACAAAAAGGUUUCAACCGUUACUGUUGUUAAAGAAAAGCAGGAUGGUACUGAUGGUUUUGAAGAGGUUACUGUCUUGGAAUGCAAGACUGAUAUUUGUAAUACAAGGACCGUUUCAUCAAUUCCACGAAUUAGGCUUUAUAUACGUGUCCAAGAUUGCACUGGUAUUGUGAGUCUAACAUUGUUUGAGCGUGAGGUGACAAAGCUUUUGAAGGUUAAUGCUAAUCAGCUUUUAGACAACAACAUUGAAUUAGCAAACGAAGGAAGCUUUCCAAAGGAGCUAAAUUCAUUACUCAAUAUGAAGUUUGCCUUCAAGAUUGCUGUUUCUUCUUUUAACAUCACCAAGAAGUCUGAUGGAUACUCAGUCUCCAAGAUGACUGAUAACCCGGUUGUUUUGUCCGAGCUUGAUAAACAUUUUGACACUAUUCAGCCUAUUGAUGAGGAAGCCGUCAAUGUCGAACCAUCCGAUUCAAAUCGUAAUGAUGAUUUGCCUGUUAAGGAUUCUAUAUCCCAAACGGGAGACGAUGUAACCCCUUGCUCAAAUGUGUUUAAAGUUGGCUUUACAACAUCGUUUGAUCAGAAGGAUGCUGACUUUGAUACGAGCAGCGAGCGUGACUUGAAGCGCAAUUUGGAUACCGUGUAUGACGUGGAUGAUGUAUCUUCGCAGUCUUCGUCGAAGUCGCGUAAAGAUGGUGGUGUGGAUGCAGUUCUUCUAAUUCCAAAGAAAGAAAAGUAGUCACCUAUAAUUCGA